AUGCGCUCCCUGUCACUCCUUCCGAACGUUUCUAAUGGUUCUCAGGAUAAGGAAAAGCCUAUGGCGGUGCGGACCGCCAAUAUCAUGGCUGCCCGAGCCGUUGCAGACGCCAUACGCACUUCCCUAGGUCCGCGGGGUAUGGACAAGAUGAUACAGAAUCCAAAGGGCGCCCCUCUGAUCACGAACGACGGAAACACCAUGUUGAAGAGUAUGAGUGUCAUGCAUCCGGCUGCGAAGAUGCUGGUGGAUCUCAGUGCUGCGCAAGAUGUUGAGGCUGGCGACGGCACCACUUCAGUCGUGGUCAUUGCGGGCAGCCUUCUGGGAGCCGCGGACAGACUCUUAUCCAAGGGCAUCCAUCCUACAGUCAUUUCCGAGUCAUUCCAGAGAGCAGCCGCUGCCGCCGUCAAAGUACUUUCAGACAUGUCGCACCCUAUCUCUCUCAGCGACCGCACAACUAUGCUUCAGACCGCUUCGACAUCGCUUUCGUCUAAGAUCGUGUCUCAGCACUCUGGCCUUCUCGGACCUAUGGCCGUCGACUCGGUUCUGAAGACCAUUGACUCCAAAACCGCGGACAACGUCGACCUACGAAACAUCCGUAUCGUGAAGAAGGUCGGAGGUACCAUCGACGACUCGGAUAUGAUCGACGGCCUCGUACUGAAUCAGACAGCCAUCAAGAGCAGUGGUGGACCAACGACCAUUAAAAACGCCAGAAUAGGUCUGAUUCAGUUUCAGCUUAGUCCUCCCAAGCCAGAUAUGGAGAACUCGAUCGUUGUCAACGACUACCGACAGAUGGACAAGAUUCUGAAGGAAGAGCGAACGUAUCUUCUCAACAUGGUGAAAAAGAUUCAGAAGGCCAAGUGUAAUGUCUUGUUCAUUCAGAAGUCUAUCCUCCGCGAUGCUGUGAAUGAUCUCUCUCUCCAUUUCCUGACCAGACUCAAGAUCAUGGCUAUCAAGGACAUUGAAAGAGACGAAGUCGACUUUUUGUGCAAGAGUACCGGGUGCAAGCCCAUUGCCAACAUCGACUCAUUCACGGAAGAUAAGCUGGGCAGUGCAGACCUGAUCGAGGAAGUACAGACGAACGGUGCGCGUUAUGUGAAGGUCACAGGUAUUCGUACGGCCAAUCCUCAGCACCAGACGGUCUCAAUUGUCGUGAGAGGAGCCAACCACCUAGUCUUGGACGAAGCAGAGCGGUCUCUGCACGACGCUCUUUGUGUCAUCAGAUGCUUGGUGAAGAAGAAGGCCUUGAUUGCAGGUGGUGGUGCUCCUGAAGUCGAGAUUGCAAAUCAGCUGGCAAAACAAGCGCGAGAGCUGACUGGCACGGAGGCAAUCUGCUGGAAAGCAUUCGCUGAUGCGAUGGAGGUCAUUCCAACUACCCUGGCGGAGAAUGCUGGGCUCAACAGCAUCAAAGUGGUCACUGAACUGAGACAUCGUCACGACCUUGGAGAGAAGAACGCCGGCGUGAGCGUCCGGAGUGGCGGUGUCAAGACAAACAUUGCGGAGGAGAACGUACUGCAGCCUUUGUUGGUCAGUACAAGCGCCAUCGAGCUGGCCGCCGAGACGGUGAAGUUGAUUCUACGAAUCGACGACAUUGCACUUUCGAGGUGA